AUGAAGGAGAAAGACCAAACAUCGAUAUGUGUUGAGGAGGAGACAAAUACGACAAAUAAUACCACUAAUACGACGACAAUAUCAUCAAAUACAAGCAAAGAAAUUUUUGAUGAUUCUUGCUUUAAAGCACCACUUCUUCUACCACCACGGAAAAGUGUUGGACGUCGUCGUGGUAGUUCACUUCGUAACGGACAAACAAUUAACGUUGAUUCAAUAACAAAACAAUCGUUAAGUUUAAUUCAACCUACUAAAAAUGUAAAAGAGGGAACGUCAACUAUUUCAAAUGAUUCGAUGUCAUGUUCAUGUUCACAAACAUAUGUAAAAACAUUAUUGGUAAAAGAUAAAAUUACAUUAUUGAAAGAAUCAAUUAUUGAUGAUUUUUCCUUGUUAAUGUUCAAAAAUUUAAGUGAUUUACAGGUCUUUCAGGACGAACUGAAAGCUAUCAAAGCAAAAGAGGAAGCAGAAGAGAAACGACGUAGGUAUGAGGAAAAUGUACGGUUAGGCUUAAUUAAGAAAAAAGGCCGUAAAAGUAAGGCCCAAUUAGAGAAGGAGCGAAAACUGGAGAGGAGACGUUUACGACGUGAAAAGAAGGAGCAACGUCGAAGAGAUCGUAGAGAGCGUCGAGAACGUGAAGUGCGUGAAGGAACUAGCAUUGAUAGCGAAGAGCGACGAUUACGCAAAGAGAGAAAACGUGAGCGAAAAGAACGACGUGAACGUGAAAUGCGUGAGCGUGAAUUAAUUGGUGAUGAAAAAUUGGAAAAGAAGGAGCGUAAGCGAAAAUUGAAAGAUUCAAAUGGAACUAAAAAAUCCUCUCGACAAUCGCGUUAUUCACGUUUAUUAGGACGAAUUGAACAAAUUCCAAGUGAAACAACAACAACAACAACAACAACACAUAUUGAUAGUAACAAUACAACAACAAUUACCUGGAUGAAUGAUACUGGUAUUUCGGUGUGCUCUGCAAAUAUUCCAACUAUUGGUAAUCAAAAUAAUGCAUUAAGUAAUAUGCUUAAACGAUCAUCUGAUUUACUUAUUGAUGGUGUUGGAUAUGAGAAACGGGUUAAAUUGGAACAAAAUCAUCAAGAAGAUCAUAAGAAUGGUUUAAUUGGUAUAGCAGCAAAGAAAGAUAUAUCAGCAAUAAUGAGCGGAUCACCACCACGUAGUGCUACAACAGGUGUAACACGUGUAAACACAAUCGUGACAAAAGUUGACAUGUCAAAUGCUGCUGAUAAACUUGGGCAAACAACAUGGAAUGGGCAGUUAUCACGUACGACUGACAUACGUGAUCCUGUAUCAUCAGCUUCUGUUGAAACAACACAUCCGGUGGAUCCAGGACAUGAUGUACCAUCAACAUCGGUGGUUGCAGGUCAUCAACAACAGCAACAAACCGGUGUUACCGUUGCACCAUCAAUAAAUCUAUCGAAUUUAUCAUCCGUUAAUUCUUUAAGUGGUGAAUCAUCUGGACUUUCGAUUGGUGUACUUGCUCCUACCGGACGGAAUGAGCUAUCAUCAGCUGUUGCAGGUGCUACCGUUUGUACCACCAAUACGGAUAAUCGUGGAGUAACCGGUCCAUCAUCAGCACCACCACCACCACCGCCGCAACCACCUACAGCAUCUUUAAUUGAUCCAUUUCGACAAGCAUUUUUUGGUGGCACCAAUCUUGCUGCAUUGAAUGCUGCUGCUGCAGCUGCUGCUGCUGCUGCUGGUGGUAGUGGUGGUACCGGAUCAACAACCAUUGGUGGUGCCGAUUUUGGUAAUUUAUUUUUUUCUGGUGCACCACCGAAUGCUACAGCUGCAGCUGCAUUCCCAUUUCUUGCUGCACAAAUUCUACAACAACAGCAAACACAACAAUCAAUGUCACUUGCUCAAGGUACCGUGCCUCCAACAACACUUUCAGCAACAGCACAACCAUCAACCUCAGCUGCUGCUGCUGCUGCUGCCGCUGCUGCUGCUGCAUCAUCAAUUGGUUGUAUUCAAUUUCCACCCGGUACUGCACUUGGUUCACAACUUGCUAAUGCUGCAUUAUUAGGACGGACUUUACCUACCGCUGGUACACAACCAUUACCUAUAAAGACUAAACAAGGACGAUGGUGUGCAAUGCAUAUCAAAAUAGCAUAUGAAAUAUUAUCGAAAAAAGAACGCCGUUCAACACCACAACCAUCAGUUGUUGCAGCUGCAGCUGCAGCUGCAGUAUCACAAAGUUCAUCAUCAUCAUCAGUAGCAGCAUCAGCAUCAUCAUCAUCAGUAGCAGCAGUAUCUUCAUCUCAAAAUAAUAGUAAUAAUGCACCUACGAUGAGAGCAGGUGGUGUAACAGCUCCAUUCUGUCCACCUUCAACUUCAAAUGCUAAUAUGCCAAGUUUGGGUAGCGGAUUACCAACAUCAUUUCCUGCAUUAGCACAAUCUGGUGCUUUAUCAUCACCAUUUACUCUACCAUUUCAACAACUUCCUGAUUCUAGUAAAUUAGCUCGUCAAAGCGCGACACCAAAGCAAUCACAAGGUCGUUCGACAACAACAAUAAGUCGUAGUCCAACAGCUUCUGCAUUACAUUUGCAACUUGGUGGUGGUAAUACCGGUAGUGGUGCUGGUAGUCUAAUGGCACCAUCAAUGGCGGUAGCUGCGGCUGCCGCAGCUGCAGCUGGUGGCGCUAUGCCUCAGCUUCAAGGAUCUCUUCCAAGUGCCCUACCCGGCGUUCUUGGUUCAUCUUUACCUCUAGCGCCAAAUUUGCCUGGUGCUACCGCUUCCCUCACCAAUGGUACUAGUGAGGCAGCCGCACAAGCGGCUAUGUUUGCUGCAUUGCAAAAUGCCCAACAGAAUGCAGCUCUUCCAAAUGGUACCCUUUCAUCUACAGCGUAUCUGUUACCAUCUGCCGCUGCCGCAUCUGGUCAACCGCAUCCUCUUUCGGCAGUUACUUCACAGGCGCAGUCUGUUUAUUCAUCACAGCGAUUAUUUGAUCCCAAUAUGGCUGCUAUAUUACAGCAAAUGCAAUCAAUGGAAGCAUUGCGACAAUCAGCUGCAGCUGCGCAAAUGAGUUCUAAUGCUGCAACUGCAACCGGACCACAUGUUCCGGUUAGUGGUGCACCUCAACCACCACCACCAUCAUCUCUCGAUUUGGUGCGUAUGCAAAUGGAGCAACAAAUGAUGGAUCGUUAUAUGGUUGCUUUGAGCAAUACCUCAGGUAUAGGUGGUAACACAUCAAUGACACCAACUCCGAAUCUUGAACUCAUGCGACAACAACUUUUCGCUGCACAAAUGCGACAGCAACAAUCGCAACCAUCACUGGAAGCACUACUUGAAAUGCAACGUCAACAGCAUCAGCAACAACAACAGCAACUUUAUAAUGUGUCUCGUGGUCUUCCAUCAACGUAUACUUUAACUGGAGCCGCACCUCCGGGUGGAAUUCCUGGACCGGCUGCGGCAGCAGGAUUGCCGCAAAGUCUUGGUGCUGCAGCUGGUCUUUUUAAUUCUAAUCUAAUGUCACUUGGUAAUGCAGCAGCUGCAGCUAAUUUACAACAGGCAUUAUACAGUGGCAAGAAUCCGUACUCCAAUACACUGGAGCAAUUAGCACGACAAAAGCGCGAGGAAGAUAUUAUGCAAUCGGGAGGAAGAUAG